AUGGAGAUUCCAAGCUCUGAUGAGAUACUUGAGUGUAUGAGCUCUUGUCUCUCUCAAAUCAAAUGGCGACUCAAGCUCUCUUCAAAACGCCGCCUCGAAAUAGCAGAUGUGCUGGCACUCUGCACGGGAAUGAGACCAGUUGUGAUGAUUGACUAUGGUGGCAAGUUUCCUGAGCUACAAGAUCGCCUGCUUUCUCUUCUUGAGCUUCUCCAUGAGGCUUUACCGAUUUUCAAAUCUUUGAGGGUUAUGGUUAUAGAGGAUAUGAUUUACCUGAUCAAUGUAACAAGACUUGCCAAGUGGUUGAGUUCAGAAACUGAAUUGUUCUUUGUCGACCUGGAACAAGAUCCUCCACAGGUUUCUCUUUAUGGUAGAACAAAGCAAAAAUGCAGUCUAGGGAUGGAACUUAAGUUGACUCAGAAGCUAUUCUCCUCGACUUUUCCUUUAGAUGGCGGCAAUAAUGAUACCAAAAUAGCUUUAGAUAAAGCCAAGUCUUCUCAGUCUUCUUUAUUCAUUGAUCUUAGUUGUUGUUUACAAGACACUAAGGUUACAAUCCCUACAUUAAACGGUGUUGUCGUGAGAAGAGUUGGUGGUCGUGAGCUUAAACACAGAGGAGUCAUGGCAUUGUGGUAG